UGUUUUGGUUACUUGUUCAAACAACAGUCAAUAACGUCUGACCUACAACCGGUUUGUUGAAGAUUAUUUUAGGUUUAGAUUUCGUACUUAAUGUAAAGGGAUUUUUAUCGACGUUAAUAUUGCUAAAUUCAAUCUCUUAAACACGUUUUUUGUCGAUGAAACCGUACACGUUUACGCAAUAUUGACCCACAUUUUUCGCGGGUUUCUCCAAAACUGGAGAUAACUGUACGCAGAGUAAAGUGUCAAAGGACUUGGAAGAAGAGGUGCUUGUGUCAGAGCAUUACAUAAUUUCCUAAUUUAUACCUAUAUAUUGGACCUGUCCUCAUUUCCCUGGAUCCAGAGCUUCUGGGUGUUCCGUCGACUGAAAACGACUUUCAACCUAGACAAAAAAAGAUGAAGCGCAUAAAUGUCCGAGGAUUUGAGGAGACAUACUUUGAUGGACAGCAUCUGACCUUAUCUGACCUAAAAAGGGAGAAAAUAGAGCACAAGUACUUGUUUAACAGCAACAUUGCUGCUUAUCCCGAAUCUGUGGAAUUGCAUGGAGAGAAGGUGUGUCAUGUCACUGGGAGAGGUGGCCUUGAGGGUAUUUUUAUGGAUUUGGGAUUUAGACAGACAUCAGACACAUCCCACUUCCUCUGGUGGGAACUGUCAAUCACAACUGAUGAGAUCUGCUCUGCUGAACAACGGUUUCCGACGCCAUUACUUCCUCUUACCCACAACCAGUUACCCUUUCUUCAGUACUUCACCUCAAAGGCCUUCCAGAAAGAGUCUCCCUAUGGAAAUUUCCGCUUCACAUUAUCAAUAAGAGAGCUCCUGUAUCACUAUGGUAAUCAGUUCUGUCCCGGCAAUAGUCCAGUUCUACGUGUUUAUGAGACUGUGUUGUACCAGCAAGAGAUUCUCUAUACCAUUGUAGUACAUCCUCGUAACAUUCAUUGUUAUGACGAUUAUCCUCGACUUCCUAAUUUUGGUGAAGGGGUGUGUGGGUAUGCUGAUGGGCUGAUAUGGUGGCGCUGUCAGUCCCCCUCUGAAAGCUACUUGCAUAGUUUGAACGUAAACUGGAACAAACAGUAUUAUGUUUGGGAUCAUGUGUGUUUAGCCCUUCACAUGGAGCCCGGUUGGGUGUUGCAUAUGGAUCAGGACAGGCUAUUUAAAAGAGUGAAUGUGUGUGAAGUGUCUCAGCGCCAUCUUAUAAAACCCCCGGAGACUCCACUGAGUUUAUAUGAGGCUGACAAUAUUCUUACCAAUCUUAAAGCUGGGAAGGGCUACGCUGGGGUUAGGGAUUAGGCAGACUGUGCAGUCUUCAGAUAAAAAGAUGUUGUCUGUCACGGAAAGGCUUGAGACAGAACCCAAGCGUGGGCAGGAAACUGUAAAUUUAAAGACUUUUAUAAAAUAAUUCAAACGAACACAAAACCCACCAUGAGGAAAACACAGUACAAACUCAAAAAAAGGAAUCAAACCAAAAUCUUUCCGCAAGGGGGACAAAACCAGGCAAAAACAUGUUGAUCCAAAUGAUAAGUUUGAUAAGUUUACAAGGGUAAACCAUUGAAAACAGGUAAAGACCAUAACAAAACAGCUUGGGAAAUACAUUUAAAGUAAUGUUAUUCAUUUGUUAAAUAUACAUAUUGUUAAAUAUAGAGAUUGUGGUAUCUGUUAUAUUUACUUAAUCAUGAUAAAUCGGGCGAUGAACUGAUCAGACUUUUGGCCUUCUCAACAUAUUUGACCCCAGUGCACCCUGUUGUCCAAGAUAAUUAUUGACGGAUCACAGAUCCCGUUAAAAAAAGGAUAAUCAUACGUAUCAAGUGUAUCAAUAAAUGUAUAAAACUGAUUGAAUGAAAAAUCAGCAUUCGUAAUGAAAAACAUAUAUACCUUGAUGAUUACCUUUUAAAUUAAGUUAAUUUAUUUUAAAUAAGCUUAAAAGCCUUGUAGCUCUCUUAGGUUUAUUAAGGUUAGGUUAGGUUUAUUUAUUUAUUUCGUGGGUCUUUACUUUUUUAACUGUCCACUAGAGGUCUGUGUUGGAUCUCUAGUAUUGUUGGCUUGUCUUAUCUGCAGUGAUACAAACUCCAUAGUAGAUUGUCCCGAUCAAUAAUAUUAAAUUCACUUGUACAUUAAGUAAUUUUUUGUUCCUUAAGUCUCUUUUAUUGUGUUUAAUAAUGCUAUAUAGACAAUAAAAUGUCACAUAUGGGUUGUUGCAAAAAAUUAUCCUGCAUUAUUUUUUUAAUCGAUUGAUCUUGCUUGGCUUUGAUCAAUGAUGUAACAUACUUUAUGUCAUAUAUGCCUAAUUCUAUUCCAAAGCCAACAAAUAUUGUGACUAUAAGUGUUUCUCUGUUUCAAGCAGUUAUCUUAAUGGCAUAGUUCUUCACCCACAUUUUCCCUUUUUCUACUUAAAAACUUCUGUGUUGUUCAUUCCUUAAACUCUGGUCUUAUCUGUAAACAAGGCUUUGUAGAGUAUACUUAUUGUUAGCUCAUUGAAAAAAUUCUCAUGAAAUGUCUGCUAAAUGAAUAAAUGUAAAUGUAAUGAAUAUGUAAA